UGUUUAUAAUUAAAUAUGGCUGACAAUGGGGCAGAUGAGGGUGAGAGGGGGGUGGGAAGGGAAAACCCCCCACCCCAGGUACCCCAGGAAAACCACAAUGCCGAUAACACAGUAAGGGUGGCUGUGGGGGUUGUCCCCAACCCCAGGGUGGUAGGGGCAGUAGCAGGAGUUCCAAAUCGAGCUUUGAAUCCCCAACCUGUUGUAAUACGGAUGGCUAACCAUGGAGUGAAUGCAGUUGCCCCCCUUGAACAGGCAGUUCCUCCUUUAAAUGUAGCUGACCUUCAUCCUGUUGUUGGUGCACAGCCCUUGUAUAACUGGCAAGCAACAAAAGGAACGUUAAAAGAUCGUUUUCGAUUUCUCUUCAAUAACCAGCUUCGUUCCGAUGUUUUAUUCGUGGUUGGACGUGGUGUUUCGUCACAAAGAAUUCCCGCUCACAGAUUUGUCCUGUCAGUUGGGAGUGCUGUAUUUGAUGCCAUGUUUAACAGCAUACUUGCCACACAGUCUAAUGAAGUUGAACUGCCAGAUGUUGAACCCGCUGCUUUCCUUACUUUGCUACGAUUCUUAUACACAGAUGAAGUGAAUAUUGGACCAGAGACUGUGAUGACAACAUUAUACACUGCUAAGAAAUAUGCAGUUCCCGCCCUUGAGGGUCAUUGUGUGGAUUUCCUGAAGAAAAAUUUGAGUUCGGAUAACGCCUUCAUGCUUUUAUCACAAGCUCGAUUAUUUGACGAACCACAACUUGCUACUUUGUGUUUGGAUUGCAUUGACCAGAACACUAGAGAAGCAUUAGCUGCCGAUGGCUUCACAGAUAUUGAUCAUAGCACAUUAGUUAGUGUGUUGGAACGAGAUACACUUGGUUUGCGGGAAAAAGUCAUCUUUUCUGCCAUGGAACGUUGGGCCGAGGCCGAGUGCUCUCGUCAAGAGCUGGAACCAACGAAAGAUAAUUGCCGUAAAGUCCUUGGUGAGGUUAUUUACCUUGUGAGGUUUCCUCUCAUGAACGUGGAGGAGUUCGCACAAGGUCCUGCUCAAUCAGGGAUCCUCAGUGAUCGAGAGAUCGUAGAUUUGUUUCUCUAUUUUACACUCAACCCAAAACCAAGGGUUCGGUUUUCUGACAGACCACGCUGCACUUUAUCAGGGAAAGAACAAAGUGUCUGCAGGUUCAGAGAUGUUGCAGAAAGAUGGGGAUACUCCGGCACAAGUGAUCGCAUCAGGUUCACUGUCAGUCGCAAGAUUUAUAUUGUGGGGUUUGGUUUGUAUGGUGCUGUUAUGGGGCCUGCUGACUUCCAAGCAAAUAUACAGGUAAUAUCUGUUGACAAUGGGAUUGUCCUCGGACAAAAUGACACAGGGUUCAGUUGUGAUGGAACGGACAAAACAUUUAGAGUUAUGUUCAAACAACCAAUUGAAAUCAAAGCAAACCAAAGUUAUGUGGCGUGUGCAACACUCAAUGGUCAUGACAGCUUUUAUGGUACAAGGGGUCAUAGAAGAGUUAUAAAGGACAAUCCAAGUGAUGGACAAACUGUAUUCAUCUUCACAUUUGCUCCUGGCAAUAAUAAUGGGACCUCUGUUGAGGAUGGUCAGAUACCUGAGCUUAUAUAUUACACAUGACAGUCUGGUCAGUCAUUUCUCAAUGGUUGACACUGUUUUAAAUACACCUUCCAUGAAGAUGA